AUGGUGUAUAUCUAUGGUGGCGGUUUUACAACCGGUUCUGCUAGCAAUCCUACGAACGACGGCGGCAAUCUUGCUGCUCGGGGCGAUGAUGUGGUUGUGGAUUUGGCCUACCGACUAGGUGCCCUUGGGACUCUUGCUUUCAACGAUGGCGUACACAACGGCAACUACUGGAUCUCAGACCAGAUUGCUGGAUUGCAGUGGGUUCAAGAGCACAUUGCCGAUUUCGGUGGAGAUCCAUCACAAGUGACCAUCUUCGGGGAGUCUGCAGGCGCACAGAGCGUGCAAGCACUAAUCGCAUCUUCGAAAGCUCGAGGACUCUUCCGCGCGGCUAUCCUGCAGAGCACUUACGUCGACACUUAUCUGCCUAUCUCGCAAUCUGUCGACUCCUUCACCCUUCCGAUUUUGAAUGAGACAGGCUGCGCCAACGUGUCCGAUCAAUUCGCCUGCUUAGAGGCGUAUAACGCCACUGCUCUCAUCAAUCUUCCGACGACAGCCAAUGCACCAACAAUCGACGGCACGUACCUCGUUACGCCAUUCAUCGAUCUCAACGUCACUGCCGCCAACAAAACCACGAGCUCUAUUCCGGUCAUGAUCGGGGUUAAUCGAGAUGAAGCCGGAGUGCUCAACCCUCAGCCAACCUUUUCGAAUGUGAACGCCAGCUUCUACAACCUUAAUCCAGGCGAAGGGAUUCAGAGUCCUCCUUACAAGGUCAUAGAGGCUGCACUAGCUUCGGGACUGUUCCCACUCGGUCCAGGGCCCACAGGCAACGACACCCUGCAGAAUGAAGUCUUCAACGCGACUACGCGCUUCUAUACCGACUAUCAGCUCAAGUGUCUCGGCGAGCAGCUCGCUUAUACCGGAGUGGCGACCGGUGUUUGGCCUGAGGUGUACUUCUACGAGUUCAACCGCACCUACCAACCUCCCGGGUACAAUGGCAACCAUGUCUGCCAGGCGCCGAUCACACCAAGUCACCCGAAUGGUGACCCAGAACUGGAGUACUUCAAAUGCCACGCCGGUGACCUCGAGCUUUCCUUCGGCAACUUCGCUCGUGAUGGGUAUCCCGAACGUGACGAGUACGACAUUCCGUUCUCUCAGACAGUAACAGAUUACUGGACUUCCUUCGCAAGGACCUUGAAUCCUAACCCUGCACAAGGGUAUCUGGCUGCGAGAGGGUACUGGGACACGCUCAGCCAGCAGUCAGUAGCUGGAGAAUGGCAGCCGGUCAACACGACAAGUCCAAGUAUGAUGUUGUUGCAGUGGAAUGGGGCGAUGGUGAGCUUCGGUGAUCAGCCGCAAUGUGCUGUCGUUGGGGAGUCACUUCACGGACUGCUUGGGUAG